AGCUUGGUGUAGCGUGGGGGAACCGAAGAUUCAACAAGGGGGCUCAACUGGAGCAAUGAGUCAAAUAAUCCCCAGGUAAGGUAAAAUUAGCCACCGAUCUUACUUCGCAAGUUCCCACUGAAAUCAAUCUUUCUGAUCAUUGGCUCCGGGUUUCCUGAGCCCCCCAAAACAGCAGUCACCAUUCCCGGGUCAGCCGACUGAACCCUGAACUAGCAACAGCCCGUGUGACGCUCGUCGAAGGCACACUUGCUCCCGUCUCACCAAAUACGCCUACCCACUGUAGGUUGAUGAUUUCCACAGGGACUCAGCAACGUAGUUAUUCUUGAACAAGCCGCCUCGACGAUUUGAGGCCAUCACAGAUGCAUCGUCGUAUGCGCCAUUAACGACUUUCCGUUCCCUCUUUGUCUCCGAGCACGGCCCGCGCAGAGUAUGAGCAGCCGCGGCCAUGACGACGCCCAGGCGCCACUCAUCUCUAGAAGGGGUGCUGGCGGUGAAUACGACGCCGUAACCGAUGACAGCUCGACCGGGCCGGAAAUCACCAGCGGCGAUGAAUCGGAUGGGUCUGAUGUGCAGGACGGCGUGCGGCGCAUUGAGGCCGUCGCCCGGACCUGGUCGAAAUGGGGAUUGGUGAUCGCGUACAUGGGCAUAUUUCUCAUGGCGUUCACCAUCUCGCUCGAAGGGCAGGUGACUUACUCCCUGGCCGCCUUUGCCGUCAGUUCGUUCAACAACCACUCUCUGCUGUCUACCGUCUAUGUCGUCCAAGGCGUGGUCAAUGCCGUUAUCAAACCCCCCAUGGCCAAGAUUGCAGAUGUGUUUGGGCGGCUUGAAGCCUUCUCAAUAUCGAUUCUGCUCUGCAUCUUGGGCUAUGUCCAAAUGGCGCUUUCACAAAACGUCCAGACGUAUGCCUCAGCGCAAAUCUUCUACUCUGCCGGCUCGACAGGCCUCCAAAUCCUCCAGCAGGUCUUCAUCGCCGACACCAGCGACUUCUUCAACCGCGCCCUCUUCUCUAGCCUGCCCGACAGUCCCUUUCUCGUGACCGUCUGGAUUGGCCCUGCCAUUGCCGCUGCCAUCCUGGCCAACUGGACCUGGCGCGUGGGCUACGCCAUGUGGGCUGUCAUCCUUCCAGUCGCCUUCCUACCCUUGGCCAUGAGCUUGUUCCUAAACGGCCGCAAAGCCGAGCGAAUGGGUCUGCUCACCUGGAGGCGCCAUGUCAAAGGCGACGAAAGCCCGCGCUCAGCAGCGAAAAGGCUCUUUGAUGAACUCGACGUAGCCGGCAUAUUCCUCCUCUCGGCCGGACUCGCGCUGAUCUUGAUACCCCUGACCCUUGUCUCCCGCUCACCCUCCGGCUGGCUCGAUCCGAAGAUCUUGGUUAUGAUCUUCACCGGCCUCGCCCUCCUCAUACUCUUUCCGGUAUGGGAAUCCCGCCCGCACCUCGCUCCGCACCCUCUCCUCCCGCUGCAGCUGCUCAAGUCUCGCACCUUUUGCGCCGGCUGUGCCCUGGGAUUCUUCUAUUUUGCCGUCUUCUACAUCGCCGUGCAGCCCUAUUUCUACUCAUACCUCCUCGUGGCACUCAACCUGCCCGUCUCGGCCGCGGGGCCCAUCACGCAGACCUUCUCCUUCGCCUCGACCAUCGCGGCGCUGGUCGCCUCGGUCUUGAUCCGGCGGCUCGAGUCCCCCCGCCCGCGGCCCUUCAUCCUGACCGGCGCCUUCCUCUACCUCGUCGCCGUCCUGGCGCUGCUCCUCACGCGCACGCGCGCCGCCUCGGUGCCCUCCCUGUUCGCCGCCCAGACGGCCCUCGGCGCCGGGGCCGGACUGAUGCAUGUCGCCACCCAGCUGGUCGUGCAGGCCGCCGCCGCCACCGUCGAGACGACAACCCACUCUCCCCAUGGCCACGGCCACGGCCACGGCCAUGCCCACGCCCGGCAGUACGUCGGCGUGGCCACCGCCUCGUUCCUCACCACGGGUCAGGUCGGCGCCGCCGUCGGCUCGGCGCUGUCGGGCGCCGUGUGGGGCCGGCUGGUCCCCGCCAAGCUGCGCGCCUACCUCCCCGACGACGUCAAGUCCGAGGCCGACAAGAUCUACGCCAGCGUCGUCGUCGCCUGCGGCUACGCCUGGGGCUCCCCCGCGCGCGAGGCCAUUGCCCGCUCCUACCAGGAGACCAUCACGGUCCUGCUGUGGGUCGCGCUGGCGGCGUGCGUGCCCGUGCUGGUCAUGGCCGGGUUGGUGGGCGAGUAUCGGCUUGAUGGGAUUGAGGGCGGGAAGAAGGUGGUUGCGGUUGGGGGUGGGGAUGGGAAUGGGAUUGGGUCCGGGGAUGGGGAUGGGAGUGGGGGAGAUGUGGGUAUGGAUCGAGGGGGUUCAAGGUGGUGGCCGAGAUGGAGGAGACGAAAUCAGGGGACUUCCUAUGUCCGUGUUGCCAUCGAUCGUGGGGAGUUAGACGGUGCUCGAUAGAGGAUAGAACGGCCAGUUGCUUGGAUGAUACCCUCUACAGUUUUAGUUUUUUGUUUGUAUCUAUUGAUACGUAGCGCUGUUUAUUCUAUUCAACAGCGAUUAUAGGGUUUGUAGCGAG